AAGAGUGUAUUUUUAAAUGGCUUACUUGAAGAAGAAGUUUACGUCGAACAACCACCCGGUUUUGAGGUAAAAGACGUUGGUGAUCAAGUUUACAAAUUAAAGAAGGCAUUGUAUGGGUUAAAACAAGCUCCGCGAGCUUGGUACGACACCUUGUCGAUGUUCUUAAUUAGUUGUGGAUUCACCAAAGGUCUAGUCGAUAAAACCCUCUUUAGAAUUCAAGAAAAUAAUCACAUUUUAUUAGUACAAAUUUAUGUUGAUGAUAUUAUCUUUGGAAGUACUGAUAAAUCUUUAUGUGAGAAAUUUUCUAAGCUCAUGCAGAAUAGGUUCGAGAUGAGUAUGAUGGGAGAAUUAAAUUACUUUUUGGGACUGCAAGUCAAGCAACUUGAAGAAGGAAUUUUCAUAAAUCAAGCCAAGUACACAAGAGAUCUUAUCAAGAAAUUUGGCAUAGAUGGAAAAUCCUCAGUCAAAAUUCCCAUGAGUACAUCUCAAAAAUUGGAUAAAGAUGAUGAAGGAAAAGACGUCGAUCAAACGAUGUAUCGAAGGAUGAUUGGAUCGUUACUAUACUUAACCGCAAGCAGACCGGACAUAUCCUACUCGGUUGGCAUAUGUGCAAGAUUCCAAUCAAAGCCCAAAGAAAGUCAUCUGAUUGCAACCAAGAAGAUAAUUCGAUAUCUCAAAGGAACAAUCAAUGUGGGAUUAUGGUAUCCCAAAGAAGGAGAUUUUACACUAACUGGUUAUUCAGAUGCAGAUUUUGCAGGUUGUAAAAUAGACCGAAAAAGUACCUCAGGGACAUGCCAGUUCUUAGGGGGAAGAUUGGUCUCUUGGUUCAGCAAAAAGCAAAACUCCAUAGCUACGAGCACUGCCGAAGCCGAAUAUAUUGCAGCUGGGAGUUGUUGUGCACAAAUCUUGUGGAUGAAGCAACAAUUAUUGGACUAUGGGAUUAAGUGCGAAAAUGUUAGCAUUUUAUGCGAUAAUACAAGUGCAAUCGCCAUAACCCAAAAUCCGGUGCUUCAUUCGCGAACCAAGCAUAUUGACAUUAAUCAAGUGGAGAUGGAGUCAUUCACAACCGGAGGAACAAGGAAAUCUAGCCGUGUACUAAGCGGGAUGAUUCUAGAUGUCACCGACUUCAAUAAGCAAGUGGAGGACAAAUCUAUUGGGGUUGUGUGA